AUGGGACAACGACGAAUGAUUUUGUGCGAGCUCUCGGUGGAAAUUGAGCAGGUUGGGCAGGCAGCUACGUUAAAGGAUGACAUAUCGUCGAAGGUAACGCGUCCUUCACGAAGUGAUGUCAGACCACCGAUUAAGCCGAGUAAAGUUACAGGCAAAGUUUGCAGUGAUGCCAGUUACGAAGCGAGACCAACCGUAAUCAAUUUGUAG